AUGGCUCCAGUCCCUCCUGUCAUCAACGCCGUUGAGAAGAAGUCGCGGGUCUUCGCCUAUCAAGCCUAUUCUCAAUUCCGAUUCCAUUGUCGUGUGAUUGUCUAUCCUUUGGGAAAUCUGCGUUUUGAUUGGCGCAAGGAUAACCUGUCAAUCAAGAUGGAACAAGGCAAGCUUUACAUCGGCUCUAAGCCUCUGCACGGUCGGAUUCGAUUCGAAAACACCACAUUCAGCAUGGAUACUCUAAUGAUUGAUCUAGUGGAACAGGCAGAUCGGGCUCUCUACUCUUGCCAUGUCAGCAACGAAUUUGGGACUACACAAGACUAUCUCUACCUUCGCGUCAAGGGUAAGUAUCUACGCCGUUGUUACAUUAACGGAGCUUAUACAAUGCACUAA